AUGUCGAAACGGAACAGGAAGUUAGCUUUUAGCCACAGGAAUGCAGAAGUAUGCCAGGAAUGCAGAAGUAUGCCAGGAAUGCAGAAGUAUGCCAGAGUGACGCAGAUAGUCAGUGAGUCCUGUUGGCCCCAACCCACCCCUGGGACUGGCACUCAGCCUGCAGCAGAGGCAGUUGCCCUCUGGGCAUCGGUGUCCUGCCCUCAGAGCCCCCUCUGCAUGCUCCAGACAGUCUGGGUGUCUUCAGCAGGGAGCUGGGCUGGCAAGGACUCCAGCUGCCACUGGGAUGGCAAACCAGCCCCCUGGCCAUGGGGGUUUCUCAGAGCUAUAACCCAGUGCCCACCUCUGCGGCAUGACGCCGAAGGCCCUGGCACAGCAAGGAUGUUGAAGAGAAUCCACCUCUGCCUCUGCUUCUUCUUCAUCUCAGGCAUCCUGUACGAGCUCUCCCUGCUCUCUGGCUGCUUCUUCCCCUACGUGCCCCUCUCCAGGCAGCUCCUGAGGCCCGAGCAGGUGCUGGGGCUGGGCAGGAGCAUCAUCUUCCUGGAGACCAGCGAGCGCCUGGAGCCACCCCCACUGGUGUCCUGCUCCGUGGAGUCUGCUGCCAGGACCUACCAGGACAGAGCAAUCAUCCUCUUCAUGAAGGGACUGACCAACCAUACAGCCCUGCAGGUGAACUCCAGCUUCACAGCCUUCUGGCUCCUCUCUUCCAUGAAGAAUGUCUUCAUUUUCCCCCUCCAGAUGGAAGCCAUCUUCCAGGAGACUCCUCUGCUCCAGUGGUACAACCAGGUGGUGCCUGAGCAGGAGAAGAACUGGGUGCACGUCAGCUCUGAUGCCAGCAGGCUGGCACUCAUUUGGAAGUAUGGAGGCAUCUACAUGGACACUGAUGUCAUCUCCAUCAGGCCCAUCCCCCAGGAGAGCUUCCUGGCGGCACAGAAGUCGCAGUUCUCCAGCAAUGGCAUCUUUGGCUUCCCUGCCCACCACCAGUUCGUUUGGGACUGCAUGGAGAACUUUGUGCUGAAGUACAAUGGCAACAUCUGGGGCAACCAGGGCCCCUUCCUGAUGACCAGGAUGCUGAAAGCCAUCUGCAACUUGACGGAUUUCCGAGGCACCGAGGACCACAGCUGCCACAACAUCUCCUUCCUCAACCCCCAGCGUUUCUACCCCAUCCCUUACCCAGCCUGGAGGAGGUACUACAAGGUGUGGGACAAAAACCCCAACUUCAACCACUCCUACGCCCUGCACCUCUGGAACUUCAUGAACCACAACCGCAAGGCCGUGGUGGCAGGCAGCAACACCCUGGCCGAGCAGCUCUACCAGGCCUACUGCCCCACCACCUACCAGGACCUCAUCCAAAAGGCACAGCACAGGCACCCCACAGGCUCUCAGGAUGCUGCAUGA